AUUCAUCCAUGAUACCAGCACUAAUGCACCAGAUCCCAUCAGAACUCCGCCAUUAAGCAUGCUUGGACCCUUUAAAACAAAUUAAUAUCCAAAGAAGCUAGUUUGAAAUGCUAGCCACAAGUUCUAUACAUGCCUCCUUCAAGCAGCCGACCUCACCUUUCUCUACCAAAACCCAUCUUCCCCUUCUGAUCUCUCUAAAGAAGCUGUAGUUUCUGCCAAUUUGCUUGCAAUGGAUGACAAGAAGCCUUACAUAGCCAUCAUUGUCAUUCAAGCCAUUUAUGCUGGAAUGACUCUGCUUUCCAAGGCUGCAUUCAAUGGAGGCAUGAAUACUGCUGUCUUUGUAUGUUACAGACAAGCAAUUGGCACAGCCGUAUUGGUACCCUUUGCUUUGGCUCUUACAAGAUCAGCACCAUCCUUAUCAUUUGUCAUAUUGGUCAAGAUUUUCUUGCUUGCUUUGCUUGGGACUACAUUCUCCUUGAACGUGCUUAGUGUGGCCAUCAACUACACAUCUGCAGCUGUGGCAUCUGCGGCAACGAAUACAAUCCCUGUGAUGACUUUUUUGUUAGCUUUGGUAUUUCGGAUGGAAACUAUCAAACUAAAGAGCAUAUCAGGAAUUGCAAAAAUCUUCGGAGUUGCACUCUGUCUCGCCGGUGUCUUGGUGAUUGCCUUCUAUGAAGGUCCCAGCCUGAAAUCACUUAACCAUCUGCAGCUCAGCCUCCUUGGAACUAAUGCAAUAGAUAACGACACCAAUUCAAAGCAAAAAUGGGUCUUGGGAACCUUUCUAAUGGUUGUUUUUACGACAUCUUGGUCUCUAUGGAUAGUAUUGCAGGGACUUAUAUUGCAGGAGUACCCUUCCAAGCUUCUCUUUAGUGCCCUCUGCAACACCUUUGGCACAAUACAAUCAUUUCUAGUCGGCUUGGCCUUUGAGAGAGACUUUGCUGAAUGGAAGCUGCAUUUGGAUGAAGGCCUUCUCGCUGUGGCAUAUAAUGGAAUAUUUGUUUCGGGCAUUGCAUUCUAUUUGCAAGCUUGGUGCAUCGAGAAGAAAGGGCCGGUCUUCAUGGCAAUGUCCCAACCUUUGGCUCUUGUUUUCACCAUCGUUUGCUCCUUAUUUCUUCCUGGUCAAGUGAUCAUCUUGGGAAGUGUCUUAGGUGGAGUUUUGAUGGUUGGAGGCCUUUACAGCGUUCUAUGGGGAAAGAGCAGAGAAAUGCAACCAACUGAAGACAUGCCAUCACCAGUCCGUCCACUUCUUUUAUAUGGCUCUGAUUAAAUGUAAAUUUUGAAGCUUUUUGGUUUUUUUGCAUAAAAUGAAAGUUUAUAUUUUGUACUGAAUAUGGAUUUGUAACCUAAGCUAUAUCAUCAAAAUAGUCUUAGCCUACAAUUCUGAAAGUGGACCAACAGUGUCUGAAAAUCUUU